AUGGAAAAAGAAACUGAGCGCUGCCCGAGGCUGGCCCCCGAGGCUCAGGCAGUGACAGCUCCGAUUUCCGGGGAAGGAGGGCCGCGGGAGCGGAAAGCUCCCGGGGCAACGCCCCCUUCCCGGGCCGCCUUCACCUGCCGAGGCCGCCGCAGCUCGGACUCCCGCGACUCGGACUCGGCUGGGACUCGCGCGGCGGCCGGCCCUCUGCCCUGGCCCCGCCGCAGGAGCUGCACACCCCGGGCCCGCUCUCACCGGCACCCUGUACCUGGGCCCGCCGCGACCGGGACGCCAACCGGCGCACCGCACCGGAGACAAGCAGGAUACCUAGCCUGGGGACAUUUUUCACCACCGCCGCCAGGCCGCCGGGCGCAAUGCGCCUGCGCACGAGACUUGGAAACGGGUGCCUCGGCUGAACCGCCGCGCUUUUCCUUACGAACUCUAUUUCCCAGAGGUCAUCGCGGGACGACGGCCUAUGGUGCCCGAGAUGGGCCAACAGCCCUAAGGCUGGAGAAAGCCGUCUUGCUGGGAGCCUCCAGAAGGCUGCCGCCGCGUCUUUUCCGCCUCUCUCACCGCCUGUCCUGUCGAGCGCGCUUUUCGGGAAAAGAUUAUUAUUUUACUCUGAUGCUUUUGCAAAAGUGUUUCAUCUUCAGAGAGAUUCAUAGAAUGGACUUUGCUGGUAAUUUUAAGAUCAUAAAACUGAACCAGGUAAGAAUCACCAGAACUAAUGGUCAAACUGACCUGCUCAAACUGACUUGCUAAAUCCUGGACUAGAAAGCCAAUUAAAUCAGGAACUCAAUGCAAAGAAAAUGGAGCUCAGGACAGAAAGGGGAUCUACCUGUGGCCCUUGGAAAUCACAAGAAAGACUGCAAACUCAAAAGGUUUAUGGGAUACCGCACCCGUUUCUGGUUAUCUCUGAAGCCAUCGGAAGCCUCCUUCAGUCCAACCACUGCCACCACAUCUGUUAAACAAUAAAAAUGCAACCAAGUAA